CUGGGCUCUUGUUUGUUUCAAGUACAGUGGAGCGGUACUGACCAGACAGACCUGAGGAAUCGUAGCUCUGCUCUACUUGCACAGUCUUCCAGAGUGGAGUAAAGAAUGCCUGUUGAACAUCCACAAGGCACCUGCAAGACUGUGAAUCAAGGUUGAGACCAAGAAUUAUUUCUGAAAAAGGAUAUUUAUGGAAUAGAAUCAUCCUGGUGGGAGAUAAUGGAAAGACUUAUAAAAAACAGCAUUGAGUACUCACGUUUCAGAGGUGAUUGGGAAUGUAAAAGCCAGUUUGAGAGAAAACAGGAAUCUCAGGAAGGACAUUUCAGUCAAAUGAUAUUUACUCCUGAAGACAUGCCCACUUUCAAUACCCAGCAUCAGAGAAUUCAUACUGAUGAGAAACUCCUUGAAUGUAAGGAAUGUGGGAAGGAUUUUAGUUUUGUAUCAGUCCUUAUUCGACAUCAGCGAAUUCAUACUGGUGAGAAACCUUAUGAAUGUAAAGAAUGUGGCAAGGCCUUUGGUAGUGGUGCAAAUCUUGCUUACCAUCAAAGAAUUCAUACUGGUGAAAAACCUUAUGAAUGUAAUGAAUGUGGGAAGGCCUUUGGUAGUGGCUCAAACCUUACUCACCAUCAGCGAAUUCACACUGGUGAGAAACCAUAUGAAUGUAAGGAAUGUGGGAAAGCCUUUAGUUUUGGAUCAGGCCUUAUUCGACAUCAGAUAAUUCACAGUGGUGAAAAGCCUUAUGAGUGUAAGGUAUGUGGGAAGUCCUUUAGUUUUGAAUCAGCCCUUACUCGGCAUCACAGAAUCCACACAGGCGAGAAACCUUAUGAAUGUAAGGAUUGUGGAAAAGCCUUUGGCAGUGGUUCCAACCUUACUCAGCAUCGAAGAGUUCACACUGGUGAGAAACCUUAUGAAUGUAAAGGAUGUGGAAUGGCCUUUAGUAGUGGUUCAGCCCUAACUCGGCAUCAGAGAAUUCAUACCGGUGAGAAACCAUAUAUAUGUAAUGAAUGUGGGAAGGCAUUUAGUUUUGGAUCAGCCCUUACUCGACAUCAAAGAAUUCACACUGGUGAGAAACCUUAUGUGUGUAAGGAAUGUGGGAAGGCUUUCAAUAGUGGCUCGGAUCUCACUCAACAUCAGAGAAUUCACACUGGUGAGAAACCUUAUGAGUGUAAGGAAUGUGAGAAAGCCUUUAGAAGUGGUUCAAAACUUAUUCAGCAUCAAAGAAUGCACACUGGUGAGAAACCCUAUGAGUGUAAGGAAUGUGGGAAGGCCUUUAGUAGUGGUUCAGACCUCACUCAACAUCAGAGAAUUCAUACUGGUGAGAAACCUUAUGAAUGUAAGGAAUGUGGGAAGGCUUUCAGUAGUGGCUCAAAACUUAUCCAACACCAGCUAAUUCACACUGGUGAAAAACCCUAUGAAUGCAGAGAAUGUAGAAAGUCCUUUAGUAGUGGCUCAGCUCUUAAUCGGCACCAGAGAAUACACACUGGUCAGAAACCCUAUGAAUGUAAGGAAUGUGGGAAGACUUUUGGUCCUGGCUCAACCCUUACUCAGCAUCAGAGAAUGCAUACUGCUGAGAAGCUUUAUGAAUGUAAGGGAUGUGGGAAAGCUUUGGGGAGGGAUUCAGAAAUUCAACAACAUAAGAAAAAUGCUGGUGAGAAGCUCUGUGAAUUGGAAACUCCAUAAAGUUGGAAUUAUAUAGUUAAGGAAGCAUACAAUAAGAAAAUUCAUACUAGUGAGAAUCCCCACAAAUAUAAUUAAAGUAUAUAUAUCUUACUUAUACUUUACCAGUUAGUCAGUCUGAGAAAAUUCAUAUAGAAAAAAAAUUUUUUUAACCAAUCUGAAUAAAAUAUUUGAAGAUUUUAAUCUAAACUCAUUCCUUCACUAUUUUUAGAAAAUUCACACUUGUGAAUAUUAAACAUUGAAAAAUCUUUUAUUGUAUAUUGCCUUCAUUUUAAACAUUGGAAUUUAUUCAGGGGCUAAUUUUGCUACUUUCUUUUUAAUGUUCUUAUUUUUGUGUGUAUUACACAGAAUUACUGAUCCAUUUCAAUUAUUUUAAAUUAUUAUUGAGGGUCUAAAUUUACCCUUUUUUUUUCUCCCCCAUUUCUCAUACUAAUAUCAUUUAUUCAAUAACCAUAUCUAUUUUUAUAUUUUUAUUGUUGUUUGAUAGUAUAUUUUUAUACAUAUAAAGCUUAAAUAUCACUUCAGUAUUUGUUUUCAAAUUUGCAUAUCUGUGUUUGUAUCUGUUUUUCACCCUGUUUGUGUUAAGUUAUGGUUACUUUUACAUAUCCUUUAAUGUCUUAUGGAUAUGUACUUUUUGUUUUAGAAGGUUGUUUUAUUUUUCUUUUAUAAACUUUAUACUGUUCUUUUUGCAGAACAAUUUUCCUACAUAAAAAUGUAGAUAUGAGUUAAAAAUAGAUAUAGUUAUCUGUAAUCUUACCAGUCAUAGAUAAUCAAUGUCAAAUUUUUGAAGCAAAUCCUUUAAGAUUAUAUCUGACAUUGCUUUUGAAAGAAGUGUUAUCAUGCUAUAACCAGCUUUUAAUAUUCUUUCUCUGUAAAUAUAUUGUUACAAUUCCUCUGGCAUUAAAGUACUUACCUGUUUUUAUCAAAUCCUUAUUUUUGUCAAAUACAGAAAAAAUUUUUCAUCAUAAAGCGUUACUUUGUUGGC